AUGUCAGUUCAACCUCCAGAUGGUCCAAUGCAGAAGAACGGCGAAUCAUCCACAUCUCGCGGGAUCUACCUACCCACCGACCCUGCUCCACCCCGACCAUGUCUCACGACUGACUCUGCCGUAGCUCAAUGGCAUACCUCGCCUGGAUUCCAGGCGUUCUGGGGAUGGGUCAAAAGGCGAUGUGAAAGAAUCAAGGGUAAGGAGAUUCUCAGAGGAGACUACGAGGGAGAUAAUGAGGGUAUCAAAACUUUGAUGGACAUGUUGAACAGGAUGAUGGAUUGGGUAGAAGAGGUACCGAUCCAACCUCAGAGUAAUCAGCGAUUUGGUAAUUUGGCUUUUCGAACUUAUAUCAAAUUGGUUGAAGAGCGAAUACCUUCAUUCUUCACUUCUCCUUCUAUACCAUACACACUACCCGCUCAAAUACUACCUCUCUUACUCAAUUCGCAUGCAUUCGGUCAUCCAGUGAGAAUAGAUUAUGGUACAGGGCACGAACUGGCUUUUGUCAUGGGUUUGUAUACCUGUGUGAUAUCUGGAUGGAUAGGCGGUGAAGGGGAGAAAGAGGAAGAGGAGGAUGAGCUGAUAUUGAGGGUAUUUGCAAGAUACCUUGAUUUGACAACACUGCUUCAAAAGACCUAUAGGUUAGAACCAGCUGGUUCACAUGGUGUAUGGGGAUUAGACGAUUAUUGUUUCUUACCGUAUUUAUUCGGAUCAGCUCAGCUAUUAGACGGCUCUCUCACACCCACUCAAUCCCUAUCCCUCGCCUCCACGUACCAAUCCUCCAUAGAGAUCAAAGACUUCUACACCCUCUCUUUAUACCAUCUCACCCUCUUCAAAUCCGGUGCGGCCUUCUCCGAGCAUUCACCUUUACUCUGGUCCCUGUCGCAGAUGAAAGAUUGGGUCAAGAUUCACGGCGGGCUGAGGAAGAUGUUCAUGGCUGAAGUGGUGGGUAAGAAGGUCGUCGUUCAAGGUUUAUGGAUUGGAGGGUGGUUAUGGGGUGAUGAUUUACCUGAUUCAACUCAAAGGGAUGAUGUUGUCUCGACUGGAAUAGGAGGGAUAGCAGGUUUGGAAGGGAGUACGAAAGCUCCUUGGGCUAGGUGA